CCUCAUUUGGUACCAGUUGUACGGUGGACACUCAAGGUCACUUCAGCGUCACUCAAUGGUCGUCCAUAAUUUAUAGUCUCAACAAUCUUCUCUAUAGCAGGGCGACGAAAAGUAAAUGGACUGGAAGAAGAACGAGUCCUGAUCAAACUGGACUUGAAAAAUGACGUAUGAGACUAUAUUGUAAAGAAUCUCUCCCUUUACUUAAAGGACCGCGUUAUUCGAGUUUUGGAGAAUGUAUGCAUGUUAAGAAACAUUGCAUGCAGUUUUGCUUGCACGUUGUGUUCUUCCUCCGCUCAGAUUCAGUGAUCCUGAUUCAUUCUACUUAGUCAGUUAGAAACUACCUAAUGCAAUCAAGCUGAUUUACAUACUGUUACUUCUCAGGAAUAUCCUAAUGCAUGAUGCCUUUUGCAUCAUUCAAGAAUGUCCAAAAACGACUCUCCAAAAUCCAUAAAGAACGUUCCCAACCUCAACGUAGACACCAUCUUGGAAUACUACCGAAAAAACAGGAUUUCCGUUUAAGAGCCAAGGAUAAGGAAUCAAAAAGUGCUAAAAUAAAAGAGUUAAGAAGUAAAGCUUUAGAUAAAAACACAGAUGAAUUUUACUUCAAUAUGUGUAAUUCUCGUUUUGAUAUGGAAAAAGGGCAUAUUCCGUUAGAUGUAGAAAAAAGUUAUUCAGACUCUGAUAUUAAGUCAUCAUUUUAUAAAAACGUUACGCACCUACAAUAUGAAUUACAAAAAGAAAAGUCUAAGAUACAUCAACUUGAGUCGAAGACUCAUUUACUGCAAAGUGAAUCACAAAAUCCCUGUUCGAGGAAGACUCCCAAACAUAUUGUAUUUGCGGAAACCUAUGGUGAAGUGGUUGAACUACACCACAAAUAUGCGGAGAAAGUACAAGUGGAUGAAACUAUUUUUGACAAAGUGUCUUUCAGUGACCCCUAUUUUGAAGACAUUUAUUCUCAACGUUUUAAUGCUUACAAGGAAUUAUCUGAACAUCUAGAAAGAGCCAAACAGUUGAAAUAUCUUUUACGUCAGCACGAAGCUAAGAAAAGUCUUAUGGCAAAUUUAACCAAAAGAGCGUACAAAACCGUAUUCAAAGGAAGUAAGACGGCGCCUCCCGUUUAUGAAUUUGAACCUGUCCGGGAUCGAUGAACAUUUGAAUUUUGUUUAGAGUCAUCUAAUUUGUACAUUUCAUUGUCUCUGAUGUAUGUCCAGGAACAUCUAAAGAGUUUCACCAUAUG